AAAAGAAAGUGAAAGUAAAAAACACGAACUUACAGGAAAGCCGCUUUGGGUACAGACGGCUUCAGGAUUCCGUUCUCUCAGUGUUUACAGGAAUUGGGUGGAAUAAAUUGUAUUAUUUUAAAUUAAAAGAAUUUAUCUACAAUGUCUCGGGGUUCAAACGCUGGUUUUGACCGCCAUAUUACCAUCUUCUCUCCUGAAGGGCGCUUGUACCAAGUCGAGUACGCCUUCAAGGCGAUCGCUCAGAGCGGACUGACCUCCGUGGGCAUCAGAGGACAAGACUGUGCCAUCGUCGUCACGCAGAAGAAAGUGCCGGACAAGCUUCUGGAUGCUUCUACGGUUACAAACAUCUUUCGCCUCACGCCACGCAUUGGAUGCGUGAUGACAGGACAUUAUGCCGACAGCCGAUCUCAGGUGCACCGUGCUCGUGUCGAGGCCGCCGAGUGGAAGUACAAGUUCGGCUAUGACAUCACGGCAGACAUGUUGUGUCGACGCAUGGCCGACAUCUCACAGGUUUACACGCAAAACGCUGAGAUGAGGCCUCUGGGCUGCUGUAUGAUGCUGAUCGCUGUGGAUCCUCAGCACGGCCCGGUGCUGUAUAAAUGCGACCCGGCUGGGUAUUUCUGUGGUUUCCAUGCUACGGCCGUCGGAGCCAAACAGACGGAGGCCAAUAGCUACCUGGAGAAGAAAAUGAAGAAGAGACCAGAGCUAACGUUUGAGAGGACAGUAGAGUUGGCGAUCACCUGCCUCUCGUCCGUCUUAGCGAUGGACUUCAAGGCCACUGAGCUGGAAGUGGGCGUGGUUAGUAAAGACAAUCCCAAAUUCAGAACUCUAAGUCAGGAGGAGAUUGAGACUCGCCUGGUGGCGAUAGCAGAUAGGGAGUAAAUGUGCCAGUAUAAACCACGCCCUCGGUGGGCGGAGUCACCACCCAGUGAACAUGCUAUCAUGCUUUAGUACAGCUGUCUUUUAUUAUAAUCAUUUUUUCUUACAAGAAACACACACCAUGGUUUGGUUGAGUCUCAGAUGAUGAACAUCUUCACUGAGAGGAAUUUGAUGAUGAUGAUGAUGAUGAUGAUGAUGAUAUAUGUAUAUCUUUAUAGGUAUUUUUAGAAUAAAUUCUACGUUUGACUUGCAGCAAAUCCCUAAAUAAAACUCAACACCUCAGACCAGCAAAAA